UUUUGUUGUAAAUGAGGUGGAAGAAUUCUAUCUCCUGCACUGUUUACUUUGCUUACAAGAUGGACAUGGAGUUUCAUAAAUUCCGAUUGACAUUGAAGAACGAUGAAAAUAAUUGGUGCACAUCAGGACAUGGUACAAAGCACUUGUCACCUUGGAUAUGCAGUUUCCCAUGUCCACCACCUUGUGGAGUUACAAAUAUUUUGAAUAUGAGAACCGUGGAGAAUUUGAAGAGUCUGUUUCAUAUCAUCAAAGGAAGGCAAAAAGGAACUCAAGGGAGGUGGAGGAUGACUAAUACAAUAUAUUUCACAAGCCUUCGGUAUGACGAUCAGGUCGAACAAGGAACGGAAGUUUUUGCUGAUCGUGAUAGUGAAAACAGUGGGGAGGAACAAUCUGGAGCUGAUUUGGCAGUGUGUACUGGAAAUAUUUAUAAUGGAUUGUUGGAAAAGGUGUCUAUCCGACCUGCUAUCAAAAUUAACUGUUUUUGUUCUCACUCUGACGAUGAAAAAGAGGAUCUUCAGAAGAGGGAUACAUUACAUGUUCCUUCUACGAUUACUGUUGUUAGUGAAAACUCACCUGCUUCCGAACCCGGAUGGCCAGUUUGGCUCUCAUCUGUUGCUUGUGAUGUGACUGAAGGUUGGGAUCCACUACAAGCAGAUAAUUUCGAGAAGCUCGACAAGAUUGGGGAUGGACUUCGAAGCACUGUAUACAAAGCUAAAGACCUGUUGACGGGAAAUUUUGUCGCAAUAAAGAAGGUUCGAUGUGAUUUUAUGGAUCCUGCCAGUGUGAUGUGUAUGGCCAAGGAGAUUCUUGUCUUGCGCAAAUUGGAUCAUCCUAAUGUUAUGAAAUUGGAAGGUUUGAUUACUUCGAAGAUGUCUCCGUCUUUGUACCUUGUGUUUGAAUACAUGGAACAUGAUUUGGCUAGUCUAUCUGCAAUUGGAAUCUGCUUUUCCGAGGAUCAAGUAAAGUCUCACAUGUAUCAACUGUUGUCAGGGCUUGACUACUGCCACCACCAUGGUGUGGUUCACUGUAACAUUAAUGGGUCGCACCUCCUCAUCAACAAUAAUAGUUCCAUGCUUAAGAUUGCUGGUUUCGGAUCAGCCUCAACCUUGUUAUUUGAUCAGAAAUCCAUGACUAUUCCGCCUGGCAGAUUAGUGUAUAAAGCGCCAGAGAUUUUUUAUGGGGGAAAUUAUGGUAUAGGUGUAGACUUAUGGAGUGCAGGUUGCCUAUUAUCUGCAUUUAUGUGCGAUAAGCCUGUUAUGGCUGCACAAACAGAGAUGGAGCAACGGCUUAUGAUUUUCAAGAUAUGUGGAAUCACUUCUGAAGAAGACUGGAGAAGGAAACUUGUAAGAUACAAAAACAGCAUGAAAGAGACAUUCAAAGAAUUCCCACGAAUCACACCAUCAUUACUAGCGCUACUUGAAACUCUGCUUGCUACUGACCCAGCUGAACGUGAAACUGCCAAUGCUGCCUUGAUGAGCGAAUUCUUCACCACAGGACCAUAUCUUUGCCAUGGUUCAAGCUUUCCUAAGUACCCUCCUAAAGAAGAGUUGGUUGAUCUGAAAAAGAAGAAAGUCAGGAGGCUUCAGCAUUCUGUUCGAAGUUCCAGCUGUGAUAGUGUGAGAAAAACACGUGCGUAUGAUCGAUCUAUAAGGUCAGACCGUCGCAAGUUUACAUCUUCAUCUGAGUUCCUUCCUCCAAAUCCACUGACUCCAACUGCGGGUGUACCAGUUAAAUGUGCCAGGAGGGGUGUGAAUUACAUUGAUGGUUCCUAAAAAGUAUAUCAUGUCUUCCAAGUAAGUCCACGGAACGCAAAAAAAAACGUCACAUUUCUUUUCAACGUCUCUGUUUAUGGUUGUGUGUGCCCGCGCAAGCAUGCACACACGUGACUAGAUGAAAUAAAAAGAUAAAACUUCCAUUGUAAAUAACAAGCAGACACUUGAGUAGAAUUUUCAAAGUUUCCAUUAUAGAUAUUUACUCGGUUCUUUUGAAUUCA